CUAGUGGCCGAUGGUAGAAAAACACCAUAGCUGUUUCCCCUCACUCAACAUCGACCACGAUCAAGAACGGAUUUACAACUUUCUACAAUCACUACUCUACAGCACUAGGUGGUGGGCAAGCACCACACUCACACACUUCCGUUGUCUGAAUCUGUCGAUGCAUCCUAUUCCUACUUACUCAAUGAAUUGCUUGCAUAGGGCACAUUAGACCUGAGCAGACGAAUGAAGAAUUGAAUAGCUUGUAGUUACUGAGAAUUGUGCAGAUAAGUUACCUUUGUUCGGGUAAGGACCAACGCCUUCCAAACCGUCUCUGACCUCCGAGUUUUGAAAAUCGAAAGCAGCCCUGCUACUCUGUUUUAUGCGCCACGAGGACCCUCUUGGGGAAUUCAGAGGCUACUUCUUCUUUCUGUCUCUAGUUCUCUUUGUCAGAUUCAACAUGCCAGCCAAAGACACGGUGAGACGUAAUAAGACAGCCAUUCAGGCGACUUUAUGUGGAGACCACAGGCUAAUUCUCAACAAAGUUCAUGAAAAGAACCUGAUAACUAUGCGGGAGUACAACAACCUUAAAAGCAUAAACAAAGAAGACGUAGAGGGCCACGUCGUUGAGCUCGUGGAUAAGAUCAUGAACAAAGAUGAGGACACAUGCAAAGCCUUCCUGGACCUCCUGCAAACCGAUGAGGACAUUAAAACGACUUACCCUGAGCUGAAGAACAUAAAAUUGAAUGAAUCCUGCCUUUUAAUUACGCCUACGCCUGUUCAAGAGUGUGCAUCUGUCGACAGCGAUGUUCUGCCACAAGAGAGCAAGAGGCGAAAGGAGGACAAGCCGUAUGAGUUGAACAGCCUGCCUACCGGCCUCUGUGUGAUCAUAAACAACGAGAAUUUCCAGGCUGAAGCAAGAAAUGGAACCAGCAAAGAUGCUCAAAGUUUGGCAGUGGUGUUCAGCUGGCUGGGGUUCAGAGUACUGAUGUGUAAAGACCAAACCAAGGACCAGAUGGAUCGCGCGCUGAAAUGCUUUGCUUCUCAGAGCAACCUCGCUCAGCUGCAGGAGUUCAAUGUUAUGGAGUGGUCUGGCAGCACAUUCGCUGAUCUUCAAGAGGCUCCUAAGCAUGGCGAUGCCUUCAUCUGCUGUAUUCUGAGUCACGGAAGGAACGGUGAAGUCCUAGGGAUCGAUAAGAAGCCCCUCUCCAUUAAACAAAUAACAAGAACUUUCAAGGCAACCAACCAAUCAACCCUCACUGGCAAGCCAAAAGUCUUCCUUAUCCAGGCCUGCCAGGGAGGGCAGAAACAGCAUGGAGUGUUAGAAGCAGGUCUGCAGACUGAUGAUGAUCCUCACUCUCCAUUCAUCCCUGAGGAAGCUGAUGUUCUGGUUGCCAUUGCCACAGUCGAAGAUCAUCAAGCAUUCAGACACACAACAGAUGGGAGCUGGUUCAUCCAAUCCGUGUGUCAGCAGCUAAAGGAGGGCUGUCCAAGGAAUGAAGACAUUAAUACCAUCCUCCACCGCGUGAACAAUGAAGUAGCCCAGAAAGAGGGCUGCAGAAAGCAACCUGGUGCAAUAAAGCAGAUGUCUGAAUUUAGGUCCACCUUAAGGAAGAGCCUUGUGUUGUCUCCACAUCACAAAUGAAGCUUAAUCAUCAAAAUAAAUCAUGCAUAAACAUGUACUUUAUGUCUUAAUUAAGGGUGUAUAAUUAACUCAGGGUAAGUGUUGUCUUAAAAUGUACUCAGUCUUUUUUUAUAUUCUAAAUCUUAUAUUUUUAAAUCAUCACAUUGAAUCAUUGUCUUUUUUUAUUGUCACAGAUUUGUGUCGCAAAAUAAACUUUUUGAUCAUCACUGGUGGGUUUAGGUUUUAAUGAGGGGGGAACAUUUUACAAACAGAAGCCCUAAAGAAUACUGGUGACAUUUACAUAUCUAAAAAAUAAGUUACUAAUGUAAAAAGUGUUAUUAUUAUUGCCUCCUAGAUUUAUCAAUGCAUAUCUGAAAGUGUUCCUAAAGCAAUAUUUGUUGGACAAACUAUUUAUGGCUUAGAGAAUCUCUUUUGAAGCAACUUUUACAGCAUAUAUACAUAAACCAUACUUUACAUUUAUAUGAACA